UCGCAACCCGCCACUCCCGUUCCUCGCCCACACAUGGAGCCCGGCUCCAGCGUCCUCGCCAUCCUCAGCAACCACGACCCGCGCGCCUGGACCGGCUCCGCCUGCGACGGCGGCGCCAACGCGACGUGCAACCUCCGGCUCUUUGAGGCGGCGAUAGCGCGAGGCGCGGCGGCGGGCGCCGGCGCCGUGCUCUUCCCCGAGGGCUACGCGCUCAGCCCCGAUUUCGGGACCGAGCCGUGGAUCUCGCCGGCGGGCGCCACGCCGUGCGCGGCGGCGCGCACAACCCAAGGAGACUCGCCGCUCCAGUCCGGGCUGGCGUGCGCGGCGAGGCGGCAGCGCGUGGCGGUCGUCGCCAACGUGCUCGUCCGGAUGGGCGGCGGCGAGAAGCAGAUUCGCGAGGUUGUGAUUGACGCGGCGGGCGCGGUCGUCUCCUCGUACGGCAAGCGGCACCUCUUCCCCUCGGAGCGGUGGCCGCUCGGCUUCUCUCCCUCGAGCGACGCGCCGACGGUGGCGCCGCUGCUCGGCGGCCGCGUCGGGCUGCUCAUCUGCUACGAGGGCGUCUACCCGGAGCUGAGUGGCGACUGGAGUCAGGUGGACGGCCUCCGGCGCGACGGCGCUCAGGCGCUCCUCUGGUCGAUCGGGUCGCACUUGCCGGUGGAUGCGGGCGCCGCGCGCCUCGCGCGGCGCACGGGGCUGCCCGUGCUCGCGUCGGCCGAUGGCGCGGCCGCGCACGCCGUCGCCGCGACCGGCGCGCCGCUGCCACCAUCCCGCAGCGUUGCGCUGCGUGGGGCCGUCGCCGGGUACGUGGGCAACGCGUCGCUUCGCCUCUGGCCCCUCCCGGCGGCUCCUCUCCGCAGAGGCGCGCAAGACAUGCGGCGUGUCUGGACCCGAGCGCCCGAGCUGACCGCAAGCUGACCCUCGAUCCUCGGACUUUCGAUACACAUUUUGCCGACUCUAGUUGCCGUAGCCAUCUCCCAGCCCCAGAGCCCCCACUUUCCUCCUUUCGAGUGACGGUGUUCACACGUUGUAUACUAGCGGCCCCCGCUGCGC